CAAGAUGGCGUGUUGCGGGAACUGUUUGGGCUGCAGGCGUUGCAGUGAAGAAGAAAGCCGCACGCCAGAGGAGCUGACAAUUCUUGGAGACAUCCAAGAUGAAGAAGACGAGAUUCUGCCGAGGAAGGACUAUGAGAGCCUGGAUUACGACCGAUGUGUCAGUGAGCCGUACGUGGAGGUUCUGGAGGGAAUGGACAACAAGCAAGCCAAAAAGUACGAAGCUCUACGAUGGAUGAUGGUGUUCUGGAUUGGAGCGUCUGUAGGAUUGGUGGGUUUGUUUGUGGAUUUCUUUGUACGCUUCUUCACCAAACUCAAGUUCUCCCUGGUCAGUUAUUCUGUGGAAGAGUGCAGUGAGAAAGGCUGCCUCCCUCUGUCUCUGCUGGAGCUCCUGGCUUUCAACAUGACCUUCGUGCUCAUUGCCAGCCUGCUGGUCCUCAUCCAGCCUGUAGCUGCUGGUUCGGGGAUUCCAGAGAUCAAAAGUUACUUAAACGGAGUGAAGAUUCCCGGGAUCGUCCGUUUACGAACCUUUUUCUGCAAAGCUGUCGGAGUUGUGUUCAGCGUCGCUGGAGGUCUUUUUGUGGGCAAAGAAGGUCCGAUGAUACACAGUGGAGCCAUCUUGGGAGCCGGCCUUCCUCAGCUCCAAAGCAUCACUUUUAGGAGGAUCAAAUUCAACUUCCCCGUCUUCCGAAGUGACAGGGACAAGCGGGACUUUGUGUCAGCCGGUGCCGCCGCUGGGGUCGCUGCUGCCUUCGGUGCCCCCAUCGGGGGAACCCUCUUCAGCCUGGAGGAGGGUUCCUCUUUCUGGAACCAGGCCCUCACCUGGAAAGUGCUCUUUUGCUCAAUGUCGGCGACAUUCACCCUCAACUUUUUCCGUUCCGGUAUAAACUUUAAUAAGUGGGGCUCCUUCCAGCUUCCUGGCCUGCUCAACUUUGGAGAAUUCAAGUGUCCCGACGGAGAUAAAAAGUGCCACCUGUGGACAGCAGUGGACCUGGCCUUCUUUGUCCUGAUGGGGAUAGUGGGUGGCCUGCUGGGGGCGCUCUUCAACUGCAUGAACAAGAACCUUGCCAAGUACCGCAUGAGACACAUCCACCCCAAGGCCAAGUUCAUUAGGCUGAUAGAGAGUCUGCUGGUUGCCAUGGUGACAUCACUGGUUGUAUUUGCUGCGUCCAUGUUGUUGGGGGAGUGCAGGGACUUGUACUCCCCCAACAGCCACAACACCACACUGCCUGCGGGCGAGGACAUCAACUCAACCAUCCGCCACUUCUUCUGCACCAACAAGACUUAUAACGACAUGGCCACGCUCUUCUUCAACCCACAGGAAGCUGCCAUCCACCAACUGUUUCACCAGGAUGGUACCUUCAGCCCCGUGACUCUGUCAGUCUUCUUCCUGCUCUACUUCCUGUUGGCGUGUUGGACCUACGGUGUGUCCGUUCCCAGCGGCCUCUUUGUCCCUUCACUGCUCUGCGGGGCCGCUUUUGGACGCUUGGUUGCCAACAUCCUUAAAGUGAAGCUGGGCAUGGACAUCUACGCCGGGACCUUCGCCCUCAUCGGAGCGGCUGCGUUCCUGGGAGGAGUGGUCCGGAUGACCAUCAGUCUGACCGUCAUCCUCAUCGAGUCCACCAACGAGAUCACAUACGGACUCCCCAUCAUGAUCACCCUGAUGCAGGUGGCCAAGUGGACAGGAGACGUGUUCAACAAGGGCAUCUAUGACAUCCACAUUGAGCUGAGAGGAGUGCCGCUUCUGGACUGGGAGACUGAGGUGGAGAUGGACAAGUUGACGGCCAGCGACAUCAUGGAACCCAACCUGACCUACGUGUACCCGCACACCCGCGUCCAGUCCCUGGUCAGCAUUCUGCGGACCACCAUUUAUCACGCCUUCCCCGUGGUCACCGAGAAUCGCCAGAACGAGCGGGACUUCAUAAAGGGAAACAUCCUGGUCAGCAACAACAUCCACUUCAAGAAAUCCAGCAUCGUGUCCCGCGCCAGCGAGCAACGCCGUCGCUGCCAGUCCAUGAAGUCGUACCCCUCCAGCGAACUGAGGAACGUGUGCGACGAGCAGGCUGCUGUGGUAGAGCCGGCCGAGGAGGGAGAGGACCUCUUACAGCAGAUGUUGGACAGGAGGCAUAUGCCGUACCCCAACCUGUACCCAGACCAGUCCCCCAGCGAGGAGUGGACCAUGGAGGAGCGCUUCCGACCGCUCACCUUCCACGGCCUCAUCCUGCGCUCUCAGCUGGUCAACCUGCUCAUGAGAGGCGUCUGUUACGCUGAGAACCAGUCGAGUGCCAGCCAGCCCAGGUUGACGUACGCGGAGAUGACAGAAGACUACCCCCGCUACCCCGACAUCCACGACUUGGACCUGACCCAGCUCAGCCCCCGCAUGAUCGUGGACGUGACUCCUUACAUGAACCCGUGUCCUUACACCGUGUCGCCCAGCACCCGCAUCUCGCAGGUCUUCAACCUGUUCAGGACCAUGGGCCUGCGACAUUUACCUGUGGUCAACGCCGUGGGAGAAAUGGUGGGGAUUAUCACCAGACAUAACUUGACCCACGAGUUCCUCCUGGCCAAACUUCGACAACAUUCCAUCACCAUUUAACGGGGUUAGUUUUCUUAAGUUCUUCAACGCUCUUUUCCCGCCAUUCCACUCGCCAAGACGGUCCAGGUACCACGUAGACAUCUGUGAAAAACAAUGUGAGCGUUGGACCUCAAAGCGAACGCUCUUGACGGGUAAAUACCAACACGUGCUAGUUUAGGGAUGGCUACUAAAUUCGGUACUUUUACAGGAGCCAACAAAGCCAGCCUCUCUGAUUGAAAAGUGCUCGAAAGCAAGCCUCCACUUUUCCAUAAUGCGCUAGCUCCAUGCUAAUUUGCAUUAGAUACGCCAUAUACAUGCUACUGAUUAGCAUUAGCAAUUUUACAUGGCGACGUCAACACCUCCGUAUUUGGUAACUCACAGUGUGUAAAAAGUACAAUACCGUAUUUUCCGCACCAUAAGGCGCCCUGGGUUAUAAGCCGCGCCUUCAAUGAACGGCAUAUUUCAAAACUUUGUCCACCUAUAAGCCGCCCCGUGUUGUAAGCCGCAUCUAACUGCGCUAAAGGAAUGUCAAAAAAACAGUCAGAUAGGUCGGUCAAACUUUAAUAAUAUAUUAAAACCAGCGUGAUGUGGGCGCGCAUGGAGUCGUAUAUCAACAUGGACGAAGCUGCGUGAAAAAAGCCACCCGGCCUCUUCGCGUAAACUUAAACUUACCUUAACCACUCGCUCAUCUUUUCUUCAUCCAUCCCUUCGAGUUAGCUUUUAUGAUGACGCCGGCUGGAAAGGUCUCUUUUGGCAAGGUCUUCCUUUUGAAUAUCACCAUGGGUGGAAGUUUCUGGCCAUUAGCAUGGCAAGCUAGAACCACAGUGAAGGAUGACUUCUCAUUCCCUGUGGUGCGAAUAUUCACCGUACGUGCUCCCGUUGUAUCCACAGUGCGGUUCACAGGAAUAUCAGUUGCUGUGAAAUAGUAAUCCGUGUGCGGAUGGAGAGAUUGCGUCUUUUCAUGAACCGGAUCCCUGUCGCUUUGUAGGAGCCAUUUUGUGGUCUUUACAGAUGUAAACACACAAAGGAAAUGAUCAUAUCCGCGCGCUUUUUCUUCUUCUACGCGGGCGGGUGGUUGCUUACAGUAGAAGAAGAAGCGCUUCCUGUUCUAUGGGGGCGGGUGCUUACCUUGGCGGUUGCUUGCGUAGAAGAAGAAGCGCUUCCUGUUCUACCGGGAAAAAAGAUGGCGGCUGUUUACCGAAGUUGCGAGACCGAAACUUUAUGAAAAUGAAUCUUAAUAUUAAUCCAUAUAUAAAGCGCACCGGGUUAUAAGGCGCACUGUCAGCUUUUGAGAAAAUUUGUGGUUUUUAGGUGCGCCUUAUAGUGCGGAAAAUACGGUACUUACAGUAUAAACACUUUUUAGGACGAGACUGGGACAUUUAAGGUCAUGGCAAAGACUACUUCCUGGCUGCAGCAACACACUGAAAUGAGUGCAUCCUUGCAAAUGACACUCAGGGGUGUAAGAAAAUAUUAUGUGUGUAAAUAAAAAGUCAAGUCAACAUGUAUUACAGCAAAGAAAAACACAUUUGGUAGCGUCUGGGCUCAAAUGUGAAAAGUAGCCAUCCUUAGUACCGUUACACAAUUGUUUUUUCAUAUUUGUGUCUUCUCAUUAUCACUGAUUAGUAUACUUUUUGUUUGUGUUUAAUGAUAUUGCUUUGUAUUAUUAAAGGUGUUGAAAUGA